AUGCCCGAGGGCCAGGGAGCGCCUCCCUCUCCCCGGGCGGCACGGAGCGCCCCGGACAGAAGGUCGUCGGAGCCCGCGCUCUGCCCGCCAUCUCAGAUUCUGGCCCCUGGGUCUCGGGGGUCCCCGGGGUCCCUGGCCCCGCGACGGGGCGCCACCCGCAGCUGCGUCCCACAGAAGCUGGCCGAGGCGCGCAGCAGCCAGUACGGGCUGAUCGUGUUCGUGGCGGGGCUGCUGCUGCUGCUGGCCUGGGCCGUGCACGCCGCGGGCGUGGGCAAGAGCCACCUGCUGUGCGUGCUGACGGCGCUCAUGCUGCUGCAGCUGCUGUGGAUGCUGUGGUACGUGGGCCGCCGCGCCGCGCACCGCGGCCUCGUCCGCCUCAAGGACACGCACGCCGGCGCGCGCUGGCUCCGCGGUAGCAUCACCUUGUUUGCCGUCAUCACCGUGGUCCUCGGAUGCCUUAAGAUCGGGCACUUCGUCGGGUUUUCUGACUGCUUGUCAGCCACCGAGGGCGUGUUCCCCGUCACGCACGCAGUGCACACGCUGGUGCAGGUGUACUUUCUCUGGGGACACGCCAAGGACGUCAUCCAGUCUUUCAAAACCCUGGAAAGGUUCGGGGUGAUCCACUCGGUGUUCACCAACCUGCUUCUGUGGGCCAACAGCGUCCUCAACGAGUCGAAGCACCAGCUGAAUGAGCACAAGGAAAGGCUCAUCACCCUGGGCUUCGGCAACAUCACCAUAGUGCUGGAUGACCACACGCCGCCGUGCAACUGCUCCCCGCCGGCGCUCUGCUCCGCCAUCUCCCACGGCAUCUACUACCUCUACCCUUUCAACAUCGAGUACCAGAUCCUGGCCUCCACGAUGCUCUACGUCCUGUGGAAGAACAUCGGGCGCAGGGUGGACAGCCGUCAGCACCGGCAGCACCGGAAGAUGCAGUUCCAGUUCCAGGGGGUGGCGGUGGGCUCGGGCCUGGGCCUGGCGGUGCUGGCCGCCACCAUCGGGGUGGUGGCCGUGUACCUGAUCCGCAUCGGCCGCUCCAAAACCAAGAGCGAGUCCGCGCUCAUCCUCUUCUACCUGUACGCCAGCGCCCUGCUGACGCUCAUGGGGGCCGCGGGGCUGGCCGGCCUCCGGCUUUACAGGCUCGACGAGCAACCACUGGACGAGUCCAAAAACCCGGCCCGCAAACUGGACGCGGACCUCCUGGUGGGCACGGCCUCCGGCUCCUGGCUCCUGUCCUGGGGCUCCAUCCUGGCCAUCCUCUGCGCCGAGGCCCGCCCCGCCUACACCUGGUACAACCUGCCCUACUCCGUCCUGGUCCUUGUGGAGAAGUACAUCCAAAACCUGUUCAUCAUCGAGGCCACGCACCGAGCGCCCGGCACGCCCGGCGAGGACAGCGGGGCCCUGCGCGUGGCCGUGGUCUGCAACGGCAGCGGCGCACCCCUGGCUUCUUCCUGCCUCAAGAGCGACGCUGUGGCCCGGGACCUGGGCAGCCAGAUGCCACCUGCAGCCAACGGAAGUCUGUGCCUGAGAGAAGUCAGUGGCCCGGGGGAGGCCGAGCCGAGCUGGGCAGGGGCCCGGGGCCCGGCCUGCCGCCCCCGCCUCUUGCAGGGCAGCACCCAGAGGAGCGUCCUGAGGAACAUUGCAGCCUUCUUGUUCCUCUGCAACAUCUCGCUGUGGAUCCCGCCCGCCUUCGGCUGCCGGCCCGAGUACGACAACGGCUUGGAGGAAAUCGUCUUUGGCUUCGAGCCCUGGAUCAUCGUGGUCAACCUGGCCAUGCCCUUCUCCAUUUUCUACCGAAUGCAUGCAGCUGCCUCCCUCUUUGAGGUCUAUUGUAAGAUCUAGUCUGCGUCCGCAUGAAAGGCCGGGGCGAGGGGUGCGCGAACAAGGGCGCUCCCCGGAGCCACCUGGGGUGGCCAGGCUGGGCAAAUAUUGCCUUACAGGUUCCAGGCCGGUCUUUUGUCUGCUGGGGUUGUUUCCCGCGGAUUGGGCGGCCCAUCAUCCCGGGUGAAUGUCAACAAGUCAGGUCAAAAUCGAUGAGGCGGCUGAAAUCCAUCCUCGUUCGUUCAUUCUAGUCAAAGCCCAUUUUAUCUCCUUCUAAACGAGGGCCUCUGUUUUUGAAGAAUGUGAUCCUCGGUUGGAAAAAUGUUUAUCCAGUUUGUUUUUCAUAAAAACCACCCUGUGUUUGCCAUUCGUCCUGUUACUGCAUUCAGCCUUUUGCUGACCAUCUGCGUAGGCUAAUCACCCCAUAGAUUGCACCCUCCCCGGAGCUGGCGAAUGUCGAUCCGAUCACAUUUGCUCUCUGUUGUACUUUCUGCACGUGUUCAAUUUUCUAACAAAGUUAUUUUUAUGGUUUGGAUGGAAAUUCGUGCAUCGAUCCAUCUAAAGACAUAUUUCUUACCUGGAUCUUGGCACAUUUUCGUUUGUGAUCAUUGUGAAGUUUUUAAAAAUACCUAUUUUACUGCCUUCUCUCUCACUGUGAGCACACACAUGCUUUUUAUAGAAUGUUUGGACAGGCCAGAAGACCAGAGAGACAGGAAUCACCCAGAAUGCCACUGGGAAGCAGACAGCCACUCUGACGUUUCGGUGUGACUUAGCUGUGGGCGCUGCGAUGCUUUUCAUCGCUGCUACGGCCCCACUUUCCAGUGGCGAUGCGACAGCGCCGAUUUUGUGCACAUUUCCCCCCCUUACCGACCUGCCGUAGCCCGCUCUCCCGUUACCCGUGCUCUGUAAGUGUCCUGUUAAUGCUGUACAUAGUCUGGCCAGGGAAUAUGCCAUGACUGACUCGGUUUCCUAGUGCUGGCUUUAGUGUCUACCACUUUUUGCUUUUACGAGUGACCCUGUGGAGAUUAACCAUAGUUGUAAAGCCGCUCCUACAUGUAGAAUUCUUCAUGAAGGUGUGUACUUAUGCUCAGAAUGCCUAGUCUAAAGGUUGUGGCUAUCUGAAAGCCUCGUGAGGA